CUUUGAAGACGCGUUACACCUUUCAUGAUUGACCUUGUACACCAAAUAAACACCCAUCUUGUAUUAGCUCCAUUUUUUUUGGAGCUUUGUGUGUACUCUUCCAAAUUAUAUAUAAAAAGAAUUCCCCUACCCCGUACUUUGCCUAAUUGAUUCUAAAUUUUCAUACUCUUGGUGGGUUUUCUUGUCCUUAAUUUUCUCAUAAAUUGGGUUGGUCAGAUCACACCCAUCACCAUGACCAUCUCACUGUUUAUGUGUAGACUAAGACAACCCGUAGUAAACGUUCCUUGUAGUGGCAAAAAACUUAAUGUGAGGCAAAUUCAGAAAGAGAAGGUAGUGUUAGUGAUGGGAGCCACAGGCACAGGAAAGUCAAGGCUCUCCGUUGACCUUGCAACAUGUUUUCCAUCAGAAAUCAUCAACUCCGACAAAAUUCAAGUCUACCAAGGACUUGACAUAGUCACAAACAAAAUCUCCAAAGAAGACCAACGUGGCGUACCCCACCAUUUACUAGGAACACAAAACCCCGACACUGAGUUCACAGUAAAUGAUUUCUGUGACACUUCAUCAUCAGCCAUUCAAUCAAUCACUGCCCAUGAACAGCUUCCAAUCAUCGUUGGUGGUUCCAAUUCAUAUCUUGAGGCUUUGAUCGACGAUGAUGAUUACAAGUUCCGAUCAAGGUACGAUUUUUGCUGCCUCUGGGUGGACGUGUCAAUGCCUGUUCUUUAUUCCUAUGUAGCAGAACGAGUUGAUCAAAUGUUUCACAGUGGAAUGGUUGACGAGUUGAGACCCUUUUUCAAUCCCAACGGGGAUUAUUCAAGAGGAAUUAGAAGAGCCAUUGGGGUCCCUGAAUUUGAUGAGUAUUUUAGGAGGGAAGCGUUUGUGGGUGAGGAAACGAGGAAAAAGUUAUUGGAAGAAGCACUUAGUGCAAUAAAGUUGAAUACUUGCAAGCUGGCUAUGAAGCAAUUAGGGAAGAUUCAUAGGCUGAAGAAUGUUAAGAGAUGGGAAAUUCAUCGCUUGGAUGCCACAGCCGUGUUUCGAAAGCGUGGACAAGAAUCAAAUGAGGCUUGGAACAAGUUGGUGGCAGAACCCAGUGCUAUGAUUGUAGCUCGUUUUCUCUAUAAUUCGACCAAUACCAACGUUGUUUCUGGUCUUAGAGUGCCAGCUUCCGAGGGUGUUAUGGCUGCGGCAACAUGCUAG